UUUUCACCUCUCGAGGUUCCACACACAAGCAUCUACAAAUCCACUUGCUUGUGAUGAGUGUCCCCAGCCCUCUGGUGAGCAGACACUCAGCACCACACAGAUUUCUUCAUCAGAGGUCUCAUUUCCACUGGCAUUUUUGAGAAAGGAAAAAGACCUUGCAGAAGCUCUAGAAGAAGGUGGUUGUGAUCUUGAAACAGUCCGAAACAUAAUCCAGAGGAGAGCUCUGCCUACUGACCUAAGAGCCAAGGUCUGGAAGAUUGCAUUGAAUGUUGUAGGGAAAGGGGACAGUCUGGCAUCCUGGGAUGGUUGUUUAGAUCUUCCAGAACAGGCAGUAAUUCACAAAGAUUGUCAAGAACUUGUUGAUCAACUGACAGUGCCAGAGGAGAAGUCAGUAUUACUUUUGGAUAUUGAAUCUGUUAUUACUUUUUACUGUAAAUCUCGUAAUGUUAAAUACAGCUCUAGCCUUAAUUGGACCUACUUACUCAAGCCACUGGUGCAUCUUCGACUUCCACGAAGUGACUUGUACAACUGCUUCUAUGCUAUUAUGAAUAAGUAUAUUCCCAGGGACUGUUUCCUGAAAGGGAGACCAUUUCAUCUCUUUCGGCUGCUUCUCCAGUAUCAUGAACCUGAACUCUGCUCCUUCCUUGACACCAAAAAGAUGACGCCAGACUCAUAUGCACUCAACUGGCUUGGAAGCCUAUUUUCAUACCACUGCUCGUAUGAAGUCAGUCGAGCAAUGUGGGACGGGUACCUACAGCUAGCAGAUCCAUUCCUCAUUUAUUUCCUCAUGCUUAUCAUCCUUGUUAAUGCUAAAGAAGUGAUCUUAGCACAGGAGUUGGAUAGCAAAGAAGAAGUCAUAAAAUUUCUAGAAAACUCUCCUACCAGUUUGGAAUUAGAAGAUAUAGAAGACCUUUUCUCCUUGGCACAAUAUUAUUGUAGCAAAACUCCAGCUUCUUUCAAAAAGGAUAACCACAGCCUCUUUGGCAGCAACUUGUUGGGUCUCAAAGAUGAUGAUUCAGACUUGAGCCAAGCUCUGUGUCUAGCAGUUUCUGUAUCAGAGAUUCUUCAAGCAAACCAGCAACAAGGGGAUGGAGUACGGUUCUUUGUGGUGGAUUGUCGCCCUGCAGAACAGUACAAUGCUGGACAUUUAUCAACCGCAUUUCAUUUAGACUCAGACUUGAUGCUCCAAAAUCCAUCAGAAUUUGCCCAGUCUGUGAAGUCCUUGUUAGAAGCACAAAAGCAGUCUAUUGAAUCUGGCUCAAUAGCUGGGGGAGAGCACCUUUGUUUCAUGGGAAGUGGCCGGGAAGAGGAGGAUAUGUAUAUGAACAUGGUGCUAGCACACUUCUUACAGAAAAAUAAAGAAUAUGUAAGCAUUGCUAAAGGAGGAUUUAUGGCACUGCAACAGCACUUGGCAGACAUUAAUGUGGAAGGACCAGAAAAUGGAUAUGGCCACUGGAUUGCCAGUACUUCAGGCUCAAAAAGUAGUAUUAAUUCCUUAGUUGAUGGCGAUUCCCCUAAUGGUUCAAGUGAUGGGAAGGGUGUCAAGUCCUUAGUAAACAAGAUGACAGUGGCUUUGAAGACUAAAUCUGUAAAUGUGAAAGAAAAAGUUAUUAGUUUUAUUGAAAAUACAUCAACUCCAGUAGACAGAAUUUCUUUCAAUCUUUCCUGGCCCGAGACACCAAGUAUGCAGCGACAUGUCAGCAGCAGUGACAGACUGGGGAAACCUUACCGUGGUGUGAAACCAGUUUUCAGCAUUGGAGAUGAAGAAGAAUAUGAUACUGAUGAAAUUGAUAGCUCCUCAAUGUCAGAUGAUGAUCGAAAAGAAAUUGUCAACAUCCAGACUUGGAUAAAUAAACCAGACGUAAAGCAUCAUUUCUCUUGUAAUGAAGUGAAAGAAAACGGGCACAUGUUUCCUAGUCAUCUUUUAGUAACUGCGACACACAUGUAUUGUUUGAGGGAGAUUCCCUCUCGAAAGGGUUUAGCUUACAUACAGUCUCGUCAGGCACUGAACUCCGUAAUUAAAAUCACAUCCAAGAAGAAACACCCUGAAUUAAUAACCUUCAAGUAUGGGAACAGCACUGCUGCGGGCAUAGAGAUUUUGGCAAUUGAGAGGUACUUGAUCCCAAACGCAGGUGAUGCUACCAAAGCCAUAAAGCAACAGAUUAUGAAAGUUCUUGAUGCCCUGGAAAGUUAAUAAGAAAAGACUUUUUCAACGUUUUCAAGGGAAAUGAUAAUCAAGAUCCUGUACAUGGAACUAAAAUGACUGUUUUUCAGCUGAAUACUAACCUAAGAGGACAUUUGAGUUUACUGAUGGGAGUACCUGAGUAGCAGGUGUGAUAGAAGUAAAUUAUACAUUUUUGAACAGUUCUUUUUUAUUUUUCUUUAACACUCUUCAAUUUUGCAAAAGUUGUUUAUUAUAAAGGUCAGUUAUUUUUAAAGUAGCUUUAGAGGAGCUGACCUUCUUAAGAAGAGGACUUACUACACAGAUCUAUUUGAAGAACUGUAUUGAGGCAACAAGCACUUCUAGGUAUUAGAAAAUAUAGGACUCAUUUACAUUCUUAACUUUGCAAAUUGCAAAGUUGUUAAAACCCCUAAGCACUGAACAUUUGGUUCCAUUUGCUGGGAAUGAUAUAAAGGAACGAUAAUGCUACUUAACAUCAGAACCCAGUAAGAUAGCAACUUAAGAAAGAAAACUGCAUGCUACGCAAGCAAAGCAAAAUCACUGAUUUCCCCUUCCCUCUGAAUCCAACUUUGCCUCCCAAGAACAUGUCCCUGAGGGUCAUGUGACACUCAAUGACAUAUUUUCAGGAGGUACAGUGGUCUUCAGAGGGAAGGGGAGACUGGUAAAUAUUGUCUUUCCUGUGUAGCACACAUACAAUGCUAAUCUGAAUGUCAAGCACUAUUUUUUUUCUUGAAACAUUUUGAGACACGACAAAAAAGAAUAUUAUUCUCCAACAAAUUACACAGUGCAAUGUGUAAAUAAUAUUUAAAGUCUUCUGGGUGCUAUCAGGUGUAAAAAUUGCAUGAGAUUAAACUGUAUACAGCAAUGAAAAGCUGACACUCACCAUGCCGCAGUUGGAAUAUUAUGAAAGCUAAUACAUUCCUGGGCCAAGUUCAACAUUAUAGUGGAGGUACUGACGAGAGUAGUUGAACUCAAAGUUUGUGCUUUGCAUGAUAGUUUGCUGCAAUGAUGGUGACACAAACAUAAUGUCUGAGGUAUCUCUUUUUAGAAACUGUCUGGCAGGCACAGACUGAAAUUGUACUGCAAGCAAGUAAAGCAAAAUUAUCAGAGAGCUCCAUUUUUGUGGUCCUUUCAUGUAUGGCAUUUUUUUCUCUUCAAGACAUUUUUUUCUCUUCAAGACAUUUUUUUCUCUUCAAGACAUGUAGGUCGGAUUUUUCAAAAUAAUGUCUUCAGUGUUUUAAGAAUUAAAAGAUGUCAAAAAUUUACAGCUUUAACAUAUUGCCCAAAUGCUGUCCUGCCUAAGAUGGACUUGAAUGACUCCUUAGGAUCCCGGGGCAAGUACUAUACAUGAUGACUUGAAAGCCUGCAAGACCUCUUGGAAUAAUGGUUGAGGAAAUCUGACAUUCUGUUUAAAAGCUGAACAUGGGCAAGUCCGUAAGGUACUAUUGCUAUAGCAUUACAGAAUAAAUGAAGCUGACCUUUAUAACAAUCAGCUCUAUUAAGUAUUUUCCUUAAUAGGAAUCAAGGCACCUUAAUCCUGAAACUAACUCCCAUUUAAACAAAAAAUCUUUAAAAAGCCACUAAAACAAGUACUGCAUUUGAAGAUGAAUUGCAUGAACUUUACCUCUGCCAAUGCUCCUGUAUUCUGCCCCAGAGCUGUUGUAUUACUUUUUCUUUGUUCUGUCCCCUUUUUAAGAAAAAUAAAAUCUCCUGAAGAGCCUCCAACUUGUGCCUACUUCAGCAAUGAGAUUUUUUUUCAUAAUGUUAAUGUAAAGAUGUUUGUGUUGACUGUUUAUAAACUGCAGUUGUAAAUAAACAAGCCUGUUGGAUACAAAA